AUAUUGUGCAUACGCGGAGCAGUCGGCAACACGGACGAGGAGUUGUGCAAUCGCUGGAUGCAGCUAUCCGCGUUCACGAUGUUCUAUAGAAAACACAACCAGCGCGGCGCGCUGUCCCAGGAGCCUUACAGAUGGGAUAGUGUCGCCAACGCGAGCAAGACCGCGGUCUCAAUACGCUACGCGCUCCUGCCGUACUGGUACACACUGUUUGCCAACGCCUCGACGAACGGCACACCUCAUGUGCGCGCGCUCUUUUUUGAGUUCCCCGACGAGCCGGAGCUGUUUGCGGUGGACCGUCAGUUCAUGGUCGGGAGCGACAUUCUCGUCACGCCUGUGCUCGAGCCCAAUGUGACUACUGUCGACGGCAUCUUCCUUGGCCGCGGGCAGAUAACCUGGCGCGACUGGUACACCCACACUGCAGUAAACGCGACCGUGGGCGCGCCGACCACGCUUUCCGCGCCCCUCGGGCACAUCAAUGUGCACAUCCGUGCGGGCGCCGCCCUCCUCACACACGCGCAGCCGGCGUACACGACACGCGAGACGCGAGCGGGGCCGUACGCGUUGCUCGUUGCACUCGGUGUUGACGGCGCAGCAUACGGCACGGCAUAUCUCGACGACGGGACCUCGCUCCCGCUACCGGACUCCCCAAUCGCGAACCGGACGGUGCGGUUCAUCGUGCACGCGGGCGCGCUCACGAUUGAGAGCACAGGUACGUUCCGCGUGGAACAGCCGCUUGCGCGCGUCACGGUGCUCGGAGUGCCGAGCGCGCCUGGGAGCGUGUUCGUCGGCGGGCAGGAGGCGGCACGGGGUGGAUAUACGUACAACGCAGACGUGGAGCAGCUCCUGAUGGACGGGUUGGCAGUCAACUUAAACAACGGGCAUCUGUCUUGGUUGUGACGCAUCGCACGUUCUGGUUUUUGAGUUGGUUCUUUUCCUUGCUUGUCAUCUACAUUGACCUCUCCCUACGGGCGCUGGUCGUGAAAAUAGUCCACUUACUGGCGUUGGUUAUGACAU